CAAGUAUUUCUCGCGAGAUUUCUCGGCAGCCAUCUUCUUGGGGGUGUUGGAAGCCGGGAAGACCCCCGAGCCGUUCCCAUUGAGCCGCCCUUCGUUUUUCGCUUUCUUCGCUUCUCCUCUGCCGCGUUGCCAACAAGCACCCAAUCCCAAAGCUGAGAGAGCAGCCCGGGUGUGAGCGCGUUCGGCCCUCCUGCGGGAGGAUUCACUGGGGAGCAGGGCAGGGGGGAGGGCCCGGGCAAACGGUUGCUGCCUCAGCCUGGGCCGGGGUCCGCGGAGGGGAAGCUCCCGGCGCCAGGUGGGCGCGUGACCGGCGGCGGCCCCGGCGAGGUGCUCGCCGACCGCGGCUCGCGGGAACCUGCCACCGGCGCCUCCCACCGCGGCCCACGCGGACGGCGCGCGGAGGAGGCGGCGGCGGCGGCCGCGACCUGGGCCAGCUCGGGAGUGUGAUCGGCUUCGGGGCCGCGGUGGAUGGUUUCUAAGAUGAUCAUUGAAAACUUCGAGGCACUCAAGUCCUGGCUCAGCAAGACCCUCGAGCCCAUCUGUGAUGCCGAUCCAUCAGCCCUAGCAAAAUAUGUUUUGGCUCUGGUAAAGAAAGACAAAAGUGAAAAAGAAUUAAAGGCAUUAUGCAUUGAUCAACUUGAUGUAUUUCUUCAGAAAGAGACGCAAAUAUUUGUGGAAAAACUUUUUGAUGCUGUGAAUACAAAGAGUUAUCUACCUCCUCCAGAGCAGCCGUCAUCAGGAAGCUUGAAGGUAGACUUUCUUCAGCACCAAGAAAAAGAUAUAAAAAAAGAAGAGCUGACAAAGGAGGAAGAGCGAGAGAAGAAGUUUUCCAGAAGGCUGAAUCACAGUCCUCCCCAGUCAAGCUCCCGAUACAGAGACAAUAGAAGCCGUGAUGAGAGGAAAAAAGAUGAUCGUUCUCGAAAAAGAGAUUAUGAUCGAAACCCUCCUCGAAGAGAUUCAUACAGAGACCGGUAUAAUAGAAGGCGAGGGAGAAGCCGCAGUUACAGCCGGAGUCGAAGUCGAAGCUGGAGUAAAGAGAGGCUUCGUGACAGGGAUAGAGAUCGAAGCAGGACGAGGAGCAGAAGCAGAACUCGAAGCAGGGAAAGGGACCUCGUGAAACCUAAAUAUGACCUGGAUAGAACAGAUCCAUUAGAAAAUAAUUAUACACCAGUCUCUUCAGUAUCUAAUAUUUCAUCUGGCCAUUAUCCAGUACCUACUUUGAGCAGCACCAUUACCGUAAUUGCUCCUACUCAUCAUGGUAAUAACACUACCGAAAGUUGGUCUGAAUUUCAUGAAGACCAGGUAGAUCACAACUCUUACGUAAGGCCACCAAUGCCAAAGAAGCGCUGUAGAGAUUAUGAUGAAAAGGGGUUUUGUAUGAGAGGAGAUAUGUGUCCUUUUGAUCAUGGAAGUGACCCAGUAGUGGUAGAAGAUGUGAAUCUGCCUGGCAUGCUGCCUUUCCCAGCACAGCCACCUGUAGUUGAAGGACCACCUCCUCCUGGGCUGCCUCCACCUCCUCCAAUUCUCACACCCCCACCUGUGAAUCUUAGACCUCCUGUGCCACCUCCAGGUCCAUUACCACCCAGUCUGCCACCUGUCACAGGACCACCUCCUCCACUUCCUCCUCUGCAGCCAUCUGGCAUGGAUGCGCCACCCAACUCUGCGACCAGCUCUGUCCCUACUGUAGUGACAACUGGCAUUCAUCACCAGCCUCCUCCUGCUCCACCCUCUCUUUUUACUACAGUUUUUGUGUUACCAGAUACAUAUGAUACAGAUGGCUACAAUCCUGAAGCCCCAAGCAUAACAAACACUUCCAGGCCUAUGUAUAGACACAGAGUGCAUGCACAAAGACCUAACUUGAUAGGACUAACAUCAGGGGACAUGGAUUUACCACCCAGAGAAAAGCCUCCUAAUAAAAGCAGUAUGAGAAUAGUAGUGGAUUCAGAGUCAAGGAAAAGAACCAUUGGAUCUGGGGAACCUGGAGUUUCUACAAAGAAGACGUGGUUUGAUAAACCAAAUUUUAAUAGGACAAACAGUCCAGGUUUUCAGAAGAAGGUUCAAUUUGGAAAUGAAAAUACUAAACUUGAACUUAGGAAAGUUCCUCCAGAAUUAAAUAACAUCAGCAAGCUCAAUGAACAUUUUAGUCGAUUUGGAACAUUGGUUAACUUACAGGUUGCCUAUAAUGGUGAUCCUGAAGGUGCCCUUAUCCAAUUCGCAACAUAUGAGGAAGCAAAGAAAGCAAUCUCAAGUACAGAAGCAGUAUUAAAUAAUCGCUUUAUUAAGGUUUAUUGGCAUAGAGAAGGAGCUACUCAGCAGUUACAGACUACUUCACCAAAGGUAAUACAACCAUUAGUCCAGCAGCCCAUUUUACCUGUUGUGAAGCAGUCAGUCAAAGAGCGAUUGGGUCCUGUACCUUCAGGUACUGUUGAACCGGCAGAAGCCCAGAGUGCUACUUCAGACCUUCCCCAGAAUGUAACUAAGUUAUCUGUGAAGGACAGGUUGGGUUUUGUAUCAAAGCCAUCUGUUUCAGCAACUGAAAAGGUGUUAUCUACAUCUACUGGCCUCACAAAAACGGUGUAUAAUCCAGCUGCUCUGAAGGCUGCACAAAAAACUCUCCUAGUUUCUGCCCCUGCAGUUGAUAAUAAUGAAGCACAGAAAAAGAAACAGGAGGCACUGAAACUUCAGCAAGAUGUAAGAAAAAGGAAGCAAGAAAUUUUAGAAAAGCACAUUGAAACACAGAAGAUGCUAAUUUCAAAACUAGAGAAAAACAAAACAAUGAAGUCUGAAGACAAAGCAGAAAUAAUGAAAACAUUAGAGGUUUUGACAAAAAAUAUUACCAAGUUGAAAGAUGAGGUCAAAUCUACAUCUCCUGGACGCUGUCUUCCAAAAAGCAUAAAAACAAAGACUCAGAUGCAGAAAGAAUUGCUUGACACAGAAUUGGAUUUAUAUAAGAAGAUGCAGGCUGGAGAAGAAGUCACUGAACUUAGAAGAAAAUAUACAGAAUUACAGCUGGAAGCUGCUAAAAGAGGAAUUCUUUCAUCUGGCCGAGGUAGAGGAAUCCAUACACGAGGUCGAGGGGCAGCUCAUGGCCGGGGCAGGGCCAGAGGUCGAGGACGAGGUGUGCCUGGACAUGCUGUGGUGGAUCACCGGCCCAGAGCAUUGGAGAUAUCUGCUUUUACAGAGAGUGAUAGAGAAGAUCUUCUUCCUCACUUUGCGCAAUAUGGUGAAAUUGAGGAUUGUCAGAUUGAUGAUGCUUCACUUCAUGCGAUAAUUACAUUCAAGACAAGAGCAGAAGCAGAAGCUGCAGCAAUUCAUGGAGCUCGUUUCAAAGGGCAGGAUUUAAAACUGGCAUGGAAUAAACCAAUACUUAAUAUUUCAGCUGUGGAAACCGAAGAAGUUGAACCUGAUGAAGAGGAAUUUCAGGAAGAGUCUUUGGUGGAUGACUCAUUACUUCAAGAUGAUGAUGAAGAAGAAGAGGACAAUGAAUCUCGUUCUUGGAGAAGAUGAUUUGACUGAUCAUUGAUCUGCAUAUGCUAGAACUCUACCUGUGUUUCAUUAGUAUUAUCUAAUGUACUUUUACAUAUUUGUAAAAACAAUUUUUGGUAAAAUAUGAUGAAGAUGAUUUCACAAAUAGAUAAAAGAGAAGAAAACUACCUUCUGAUCUUGUAUUUUGAAGAUUGAUGUUUGCAUUUUAUUUCAGUAAACAAUUGCUAAAGAUAUCACAAUAGAACAUAUGCAAUGUUUUUAUUACAUACUUCUAUUGAACAAUACAGAAUUCUUUGAGUUAUUUGUAAAUUAAUGAAUAGAUUUGAAUACUUAUGACCCAGUAUUUGUUAUAACAUAGAGGAUUUUGUUUUACUCCAAAUAAGGAAUGAAUUUGCAUUUAAAAUCUUAAUGAAUGUUUUCAGAAAUGAAUAGAUGACAUAGUAUUCUAAAGUCUCCAAGUUAUGUAUUCAUAAUAUUGCAUAGUAGUAUGCUUAGGCUUUACUAUGUAUUAGCCAUUUGUUGGAUUUGUGUAUGUAUUUUAUCACAUGGGUGUUAAUGAUAAUGGUGUAUGACUGCUUUACAUAUGAGUCCUUAUGCAUCUGGAUGCUAAAAAUAAAGUGGAAUGGUCUCUUAAAAGAAAAAAGAAAAGAAAAAAAUAAUGACAAAAAAAAAAAAAUUCCAUGACAAUGUUCCUUGAUUUAAAAGAAAAAAAAAAAAAAAAAAGAAAAGAAAAAAAAAAAAAAAAGAAAAUGAAACAGACCAUUCCAGAUGGUGAUCUGCCUUCCCCUGAUUAUCAGAAGGAGCUAUAAUCACUAAAUAAUAAUGGUUACUGGUACCUUUACAAUGAUGUACAAUCCAAUGUUUAAAAUUUAUCCACUUCAGUUUGGUUUGAUCAUAUAAAUUUUCAACAGAUGUCUUAAAAUUUAAAAGCAGGCUGAUUAGUUUGGAACCAGACUUCAAGUAGCGCUAACAUUUGGUGAAUAAGACAACUUCAUGUUACAUUUUGGAUGUAUGAAAAGAAAACUUGACCAUUUGAAGAUGUAUGAAUAAAGAAAUAUACUAUAGAUACUACUUUAGGAAAACACUGUUUGUAGUCGUGAAAGAUGCCAAAUUGGCAGAGGCUCACGUUUCUUCUCUUUACACCAAACAGCAGAGAGAGAGCAUCACUGCCUGAAUUUGGCUUUGUGACUCUACGAGCAAGCCCGUCCUGUCCUGUCUGGAGAUGACUGUUAACAUCCUGUCAUUUGGUUUGCCCUUUAUCAAUCUGAAUAGCUGUUUACAUGUACUGUGAUGACCAUUUUAUCUUUACAGUUCUGUACAAGUACAUCUGAGUCCAGAAGUGUACCAAGUGUGUGAUAUUUAUGACCUUACUCAUAGAUGUUUUCUCCCCUUUAUAGCAAUUUAACUUGUAAACCACCUUAAGAAGGAGCAAAGGCCUUUUAGCUUCCUUAUGAGAUGUAUUAUGUCUCAGGCAAACUGAGAAAUGUGUCUGUGAAAUCUAUAAAGCCAUGAGAGCAUUAAUUGAACAGUUUAGAAUGAAGAAAAUGAAUUAAAAAGUUAAACAUAAGUUUGGCUUUAAUUUUUUAUUUUUAGGAUGUAUUUAUUGAAUUAGGAUAGCCACUGAAAAUAAUUUUGAACAGAGUGUAAAGUUCUUUUUACAUACUGUAAUUAGUUAUGUAUUUCUUGUGAGCAUAUUAAUUGAUGGGAUUGCCAGGACCAUUUUACUCCAGUGCAUUUUUUGUCAUUCUUAACUCCCAAAAACGAAGAAAAUAUUUUAUUUCUUUUCAAAUAAUAAAUGAUAACCUGUGGGUUCUAAAACUGAACAACAUCUAUUAAGUUUGUCUAAUUUAUACAGUUUUCAUUAUUUGUAAUCAGGGAUCAAAGACAAUCCUACAAGCAAGGGGAAAUAGUGUUAAGUGUUUUUAAAGAAUAGCUUUCAACUGCUCUAAAAGUAUAUCUACUAAUUAUUUAUAAGCAGUAUAGCUUAAAGUAUACGAUUAAAAUUCUCAUUCUAAAUAUGAAUUAACAUUUUUUAUAGCACACCAGAAAUUUUUUUUCACUAAGUUUUUUUUGAGUAUUCCUUCAUAGAUUCUUAGGGGUUUCUGAGAAGUCUAACAUGAUAGCCACUCUGACUUAGAACCAAAUUAUAUUGAUUCUGAUUUCUUUCUUUUUAAGCUCUACCCAGUCAUACUUUCUUUCAUGCAAAACUACAUACUACUCUACAAACACUUUUUCCCUCUUGAGUAUGCAUUGUGAUUGUCUUCAUGAAUAAUAAAAUGUAACAAACUCAUUAGUCAUACUAUAAAUUAUCUGUCUUGAUCCACAUUGAUUAUACAUGCAUGGUUAAAGGAAAAGCAUGUAUUUUAGAUAAUUAUUAUCUAAAUAAUAAUUUAGAUAGCCUACAAGGCAUUCUGUUUGGUUAUUUUCUCCAGCCCUACCAACGUUUUUUGUUCUUUUUUACAGAUUUGCAGAUAGCCGUGAGGAAUCCAUAAAUGUUUUACCAGAAUAGUUGAUAUUUUUACUUUGAAAGAAGGCUUUACAGUAGUAGUGCUGUAGCUGCUUACUUUAGAGCCACAGAACAUUGUCGGAAGAAACCACACCUGUCAGCCAGUAGCUCUUUUGAUUGCUUAAUAGGUGACUGCUGCACACUGUCACAUUAACUUACUUUGCUGUUGCCUUUUUCUUUUGCUGUUGGGUUAAAAACAAAGCAAAACAAAGUGGAACAUGCCCUUGGGGAUCAGAAGUCAAAUUGAUUUCUCCUUAAAAUCAUUGCAUUUUUUAAAAAAGUGUUGGGAGAUUCAGUUGGUCAGUUACAUUUAAGUCCUUAUACAUUGGUUAUUAGAGAUUCCUUUUUAAAUUUUUUUUCUUGAAUAGCCUUACCAUGGAGCUAUGUGUACAUAACUGUACAGAAUCAUUUUUGUGUAAUUGAAUGGAGCAGUUUACUUCUGCAUGACUGCAUUAUGGAAGCCUUUUAUAUAUCUUUAUAUUUUUCAAUAUACUUAGAUUUUACACUAUUGGUCGCUCUAGUCAUGCUAUAUUUGUUGUUUUUUUUAAAUAGAAUUUAUAAAUAUUUAUGCUCAAAAUACAGAUCAACUAAAUAUUUUUGGUCUUGUUUACAAGAUAAUACUUUAAAGUGAUACAGACCCCUCAAGUGUCUUAGGAAACAGUCAUUGGUGCUAUAAAACCUUUCAGUGUCAUUGAAUCUGUCGUCUAGUCUUUGCUGGUCUUUAUUUAUUUAUUCCUGCUUAUACUUUAAUCUAGCUAGCAGCAGAAUUAUGAAGUGGUAUGUGUUGAGUCGGUUAAAAGCCCAGCCCCAUUAGAGAACACCUAAUAAUUUAAGAAACUGAUGCAUAAUGACUGUAUUCUUAUUGUGCCCAGCUUCUCCCAAAAGAACAUAGUUUAUUUUGAUAAGAAGGCUAUUAAUUUGAUUAGCAUUUAAAAAUGAUAUACUUACUCAAGCAUGUCUUUUUCUCAUAUUUGAAAUGGAAAACUUUUCUAGUCCUAAAAUAAUUACGUAAUUUCACUCUGCUUUAAAUUUCCAUCUGUCCUUCACUCAGUCGAAGGCAGAGUAUUUCUUACAAAUAUUUACAGAAUAUUUGAUGAAUUAUAAAGAAAUGAGUUAUUACAUUGUACAAGUUUUCCGUUGAUGUGUACUUCGUGUUUUGUCCCCAAGAUUUUAUUCCAGCACCUUACUGAAUGUUUUUAAGAUACAGUUAAGUAUCAGCAGAGCAUUCAGACAUGUUUGCUUUUGAUUCUCAGAACCCUAAACCUGUUUUGAGUGUGAUAAUACUUCAGAAUAUACUGUUUGUCAUCAGAUUUCCUUUAAGGGUUCCUUUACUGGUUUAUUUUAGCUCAGUUUCUAUGGACUGUUGUUGAAUAUGAAAACACCAAAGGAGUCUUUUCUCGUCUGAAGACUGGGUUGUUCCAGUGGUUAGUACCUGUGCCCAUAACUAUCCCAUUUCAUGAAUGCGUGUUGGCAUGGGGGAAAAUUCCCUGCUCUUUGAGUGGAGCGAAAGUAACUGGUUAAGCUGUAGCAGCUUCCUUGUUUAUUUUUAAAAGUGAUGAUAAAACUUGAACUGAAAAAGGUAAAACUUGAACUAGAAAACUACUCUUGUAUGCACAGAAUGUUUAUAGUGACUGUGUUUGUGUGGGUUGUCAACACUUCUAUUAUUUAUAGUUGAAUUAUGUUGUUUAUUAAAUAUCCAUGUUUAUUAUUUUUAUAUUUUGAAAUUUUAAAAAUAAAAUAGUCUUAAUAAAAA